AUGUGCACAGUUCCCUUGCCUGUGUUCUGUGUGAAGGUGUGUAGGGCAGUGUGGGCUGGGCCAAAAGGUUCCUGGGCCAGCACCCUUGCCUUGGGUUGUGCUAAUGAUGCCAGUACAUACUCCUUAUUGCUUAUCCUAGACCAGGUGACACCAGACCCUACUCUCCUGACCUUUGCAGACUAUGACUACUAUGACUACUAUGAUGGACUUGGCCCACAUUUCGACUCCAACAAGAUCCAUGGGAAGGUGCCAAGUGGUGCCGAGCCUUUCCCAACCACAGAUUCAGCUGAGGAGGCAUUCUCCAACUUGCCAGACUACCAAGGUGACUUUGAUAACUUCCCAUUCCAUCUGGGGCCUGCUGCUGCCAGUCCCCUCUCCCCAACAUUGCCCCCAAGCCUCAGGUCAACACAGGCUGUUCCUCUUGGGGCUCCAGGAUUCACAUUCCCCAAACUCCCAAACCUAAAGAGCUCCACUGGAUUUGUAAAUGUUUCAGCUUUUGACAACUUAAAUAGCAGCAGUUUUGGGAAGAAGGAGGAAGAGGAGGAGAAGGAGAAGGAGUUUCCCUCACGCCUCCAAAAUCAUUAUGCAUUUUCUCCUCCACCCUCCCGUGCGACUUCUGCCUCUGACAAACAAACCACUCCUCUAAAAACCAACACUGUGUCCUCCUCCCUAUCCACACACCAAGACCUCCCCUCCACUCCCACUUGGAAGGACACAUUGAGAAGCACACCACAGGAAAAAAGGACUCAUGUCUCUGUCUUAACGUCAUCCACUCAAAAUCAUCCUGUCUCUACUCUCCCAUCAUCCACAACAACUCUUAGUUACCCCACACGGUCACCCUACAAGCCUCCACUCUCCACUCAGGCUUCCACUAGGAACACUCGCCCAUCACAUUCUUCUACAUCCUCACAUCCAACACGUACCUCUUUCUCUCCUUCAAGUACCUCGCUUAAAUCCCAGUACUACACAACAAAGCUCUCCUCCACACUACGCACUUCUUUCCCAGCUAGUGCUUCCCACAGACCCACCAGACCUGCAUCCUAUUCUCACACUCCUUUCCCACACUCCCAGAAGUCCACCAUAGCAGCUCCUACAGCAACAAGACACCCACACCACCAGUCCUCACAUCAACAACCUGAGGUCAUAACGGCCCCCUCGCUCCCACCUCUCCCUGGCCAGGACCCCCUUCUGGUACAGCAACACUUCCACACACCACCUCCAAGAAGGGACCCCCCACUGCCCCGGACCACACACUCCCCACCAUCCACCAGCCUAUCAGACACCUUUGCACAAAACUUUGGCUUUGAUCCCGAGUCUGUGGUGUACGAGUCUGAUUUUCGACCCGUCAAGAAGCAUCCACCAGGCCCCGUGCUGGCCUUUGAGGUGUCCCCCUCUAGCUCAAGGCCUCUCAAUGGUCCCCUGCCCCCUCAUCCCCCACGCUUCCGUUAUCAAGUGCCACACGGACCCCGAACUGCAACCAACUUAGGGUUCACAAACAGACAGGUUAAAAUUGAUGGUGCAGAUGAGUCAGAGGAGGAAGGUGAAGUCGAGGCUCCUGCAGGUGGUGCCCCCAAUCCAAUUUACCACCAUACAGUAGCCUUCAGCGAGAGCCAUGCGCCUCUGCCGCUGCCCAUCCCCAUGGCACCCGUGCUGCCGCUGCUGGGUGGUGCUGCCUCUAACAUGCCGCUAAAACCUGCCAGAUCUUCUAAAACACCCCGCCGCAGGCCCCGUCCCCGGCCCCACCCCAACAUGCGACUGGCUGGCCCUGUAGGGAGUGUGAGUCGCCUGGGGCGGCCCCAGCCCCCUGCCCGGCGGCUGGUGGCGUCCUUGAUCCCACUCCCUGAGGACCAUGCUGUGCUUGCCCCCCAGUUAGUGGGUCCCUCAGUGCUCCAGCCUGUGUUCCCUGCCCCUCCCCCUCCCCCAGGCCGAAUGGGGGACCUGCUGCCCGCUGCCUCCUCUCCGAUCUACACUUCAGAUGGCCGCCCCCUUCCACCUGACUCCAUCCCAGGUCCCCCUCAGUUGUCCACUCCUCCACACCAAACCUCAGACUCCAUCACCGGCCGCCCACAGGUGGGGCCUUAUCGUGGAGAGCCACCCCCACCCGUGCCAGCCAAUGUUCCCCACCUGGCACAGUUCUCCAAGCAGAGCCGCCCCACCAGCCAGCGCACUGCCGUGCCCAUGCCACCUCUGCCGGGCACAACCUCCCAGCCUGCUGAGUACAGUCCAGCUGGCAGCGCACCCAGGCCUGUGGUUAUGGCUGCUCCCAAGGACAAAUUGGCUGGCACCUUUGGUGUGGCCCCUUCUGUGCCCAGCCCUGCCCCACCACCAGGAACCAAGAAGACUCAUCUCACCAUUCUUAAGGAUGUGUGGGCCAUCCUCACCCAGGGUCACCCAAGGGAUGAUGCCCAUCCAGCCCAUGCCACCCACCACCAACACCACCACCAUCCCCACCUCUACACCAGCCAGCACCUGGAUGGCUUUGAGGGGGAGCCACGCCGCAGAAGAGACGAGGGAGACUGAGAUCUGGCCUGCCUCACCCAUGCCUCCAGUCUCCCAGUAUGGUGCUUCGUUACAACUUUUUGCUGUAACAAAACUAAAUCAAUAACAGGAGUGAAUAUUUACAUGUGUGUCUCCUGCUUAGCCAAACACUGCAUCCUGUGUACUUAACUUAUUGUGGCAUUUUUAUUUGUCUUGCCUUAUCUUACAGGGAAACUUUUUUCAACUCUCCAGAAUGACUGUAAUGUAGAAAUAGUGUUAGCAUAAUUAAUAGAUAUAGUAGUGAUAGCUGCAGUAGUAGUUUUCAUAUUGAAGACUCCAUUACCAGAAACAUGACAAGUGUGCUCAAGAGUUUAAGUACUUGAAAUAUUUAUAGAAGUGUUAAUUUAUUUAGGAGUUAAUGCUCGCAUACAAACUGAACCAUUGACUUGGUGAGAACAAAAGAAUUCUCCAUUUCCCCAGGAGAUGUUUUUGAUAUUUAUAUUGCCCCCAAAAAGUUUUUUCUCAAUGUCUUUUAAAUGUUUUUAUUUUAUACUUGUUGAAGUUAAUAGUCAAUAAACAAUUACCAAUAUAUUGUAUGUAAUAGCAGAGGUUUUACACUCAUGCUGUGGCUCAUCUUUUUGGACAAUUAAGGUGUGUGAAGAAGUUCUUGAAAGUUGUGGCACUGUCAAGCAUAUUCAAAGAGUUGGUAAAAUGACAAUGAAAAAAUGGAAGUUAAGUCUGAGCCAUGACAAGUGUGUACUGCUGGGGUUGUGCAUGCUGUUAUCUUUGUCUGAUCACCAGUAGGUUUGCACAGCACACUGCACACAGCCUUGUGGUGGUGCAGACCAGAGGAGUGUUGUCAUAGUGAUACCUGUAGUGGCCUGUGCUGCUCACUGUUACUCUUCACACCAAGUCACCCUGAGGAAGCUACACUCACUUGCUACAUGGAAACUCAUAUGUGUGUUGCUUUUCUUUUCCUUCACCCACAAGCCUCAAAUAUGAUGCAAUAAAUCUUUGCUAACAUAA